UGGACGGCGCUGCGAUGGCUGCCCGCGGGUGUCGGACCAGCGAAGCCCCCGGCGCCUCUCAGAGCCCGGCCUCCUGACGCCGCCAGUGGGCGGGGUCGCCCGGGCCGCCGCCACCGCUGUCAUGUAUCCGCCGCCGCCGCCGGCGCCACAUCGGGACUUCAUCUCGGUGACGCUGAGCCUUGGCCAGAGCUACGACGGCAGCAAAAGCUGGCGGCGGCGCUCGUGCUGGAGGAAAUGGAAGCAGCUGUCGAGAUUACAGCGCAACGUGAUCCUUUUCUUCCUCACGUUUCUCGUGCUCUGCGGGCUCCUGUCGUACAUCAGCGUGGCUGACCAGUGGAGAGCCGUGGAUGGCAGGUCAGCGGAAGAGCGGAAGGCGAGACCAGCAGAUCCGCCCGUCUUGCCGGCUCCUCAGAAGGCAGAUGCUAAUCCAGAAAACUCGCCGGGGCUUUUACCCCAGAAGUCUCAGAGGCAUUUCCGACGGGGACCGCCCAACCUGCAGAUCAGAGCCCCCGACAAAGACCCCAAGGACCGGAGGCAGGAUGACACGAGGCGGAGGGACGAGGUGGCGGGCGACGCUCGUCAGGAAGAGAGCACACAGAGAACGGUGGUCAGCUGGAGGGGUGCAGUGAUCGAGCCGGAGCAGGGCACCGAACCCCCUUCGAGAAAGGCAGAGGGCCCCCCCACCAAGCCUUCCUCACAGGCCCCCGGGAUUCAGAACCAACCAGCCUCCCCGAACGAGCGUCAGAGAGCCGUGAUAGACGCCUUCCGCCACGCGUGGACCGGCUACCGCAAGUUCGCCUGGGGCCACGACGAGCUGAAACCCGUGUCCAGGUCCUUCAGCGAGUGGUUUGGCCUGGGCCUUACGCUGAUCGACGCCCUGGACACCAUGUGGAUUUUGGGUCUGAAAAAAGAGUUUGAAGAAGCCCGCAAGUGGGUGUCUAAGAAGCUCCGGUUUCAGAAAGACGUGGACGUCAACCUGUUCGAGAGCACGAUCCGGAUCCUGGGCGGCCUUCUGAGCGCCUACCACCUGUCCGGGGACGACCUCUUCCUGAGGAAGGCCGAAGACUUUGGGAAUCGGCUGCUGCCUGCGUUCCAGACGCCCUCCAGGAUCCCAUACUCGGACGUGAACAUCGGCACCGGGGCCGCCCACCCGCCCCGCUGGACCUCGGACAGCACGGUGGCCGAGGUCACGAGCAUUCAGCUGGAGUUCCGAGAGCUCUCCCGCCUCACGGGGAGUAAGAAGUUUCAGGAGGCCGCGGAGGAGGUGACGAGGCGUGUGCACUCCCUGUCGGGGAAGAAGGACGGGCUGGUGCCCAUGUUCAUCAACACGCACAGCGGCCUCUUCACUCACAUGGGAGUGUUCACUCUGGGCGCCAGGGCCGACAGCUACUACGAGUACCUGUUGAAGCAGUGGAUCCAGGGCGGAAAGAAGGAGACGCAGUUACUGGAAGACUACCUCGAAGCCGUCGAGGGAAUCAAAAGGCACCUGCUGCGCAGGUCUGAGCCCAGGAAGCUCACCUUCGUGGGGGAGCUGGCCCACGGCCGCUUCAGCGCCAAGAUGGACCACCUGGUGUGCUUCCUGCCAGGGACGCUGGCUCUGGGCGCCCACCACGGCCUGCCCGCCGACCACAUGGAGCUGGCCCGGGCGCUCAUGGACACCUGCUACCAGAUGAACCGCCAGAUGGAGACGGGGCUGAGCCCCGAAAUCGUGCACUUCAACCUGUACCCCCAGGGCGACCGCAAGGACGUGCAGGUCAAGCCGGCCGAGCUCAGCCCGUGUUGUGUCCCCCAUCCCUCCCUCCCCCCGUCCCCCUCCCCCGCCCAGCCGGCCGACAGGCACAACUUGCUGCGGCCCGAGACGGUGGAGAGUCUGUUCUACCUGCACCGCCUCACGGGAGAGCGCAAGUACCAGGACUGGGGCUGGGAGAUCCUGCAGAGCUUCAACAAGUACACACGGGUCCCCUCGGGUGGUUAUUCUUCCAUCAGCAACGUCCAGGAUCCCCUCAAUCCCCAGCCCCGGGACAAGAUGGAGAGCUUCUUUCUGGGGGAGACGCUCAAGUACCUGUACCUGCUCUUCUCCGACGACCCGGCCCUGCUCAGCCUGGACGCCUACGUGUUCAACACUGAGGCUCACCCCUUGCCCAUCUGGGCCCCGCCUAGGGUGGGGUGACCCCCCUGUGGGCACUGCCCGGGGGCCUCACACGUCUUGCGUUUGUGGGUGCCUGUCCUCGGAACGCUGGCCUUGGGUAGGUUCGCUCUCUUGACCUUGGCCGCGGCGUGUCCCCUCGGCCGACUGUCCGUGCUCCGGGGUCAGGCUGAUGACAUUCCCCAGGGCGUUACCGAGCCUGACAUCUCAGGGCCUCGGAGGUGGUCGGGGCAGCUGGGCGCCCGGUGCUUUGCCGCCGGCUUUGCACUUCUGGCUUGUGGUUCUCACGACGUCGGAUGGUGUCGUGAGGUCAGCGCCGUGAAUCCCCGAGGCCCCACCUGCUGGGGACCAUCCUGCUUGAAUCAUGACUUACAUUCCUGAUCCCCAGACGUCUUCUGUGUGGCCCCAGUGUCUCUGCUUGUCCCCUGGGGCCGCUCUGGGUCUCCUGGACCCACACAUGUUCUGAGAUGAGCCGAAGGGACAGCCCGACGUGCGGUUCAGCCCGGGGUCUCAGAGUCUGUGAAUGUGCCCUGACCCGGGAGUCCUGGGGGGGGGCACUUGUGACCUCCUGCGAAUCCGGGCACCUGGCCGGCUGUGGUGUUUACAUGUUGGACUCAGGGAUCCUCCCCCGGCCCUGCAGGGGCAGGGAGGGGCGGGUGGACAAGCUCAUCCUGCUCCUGGACCACCCGACAGAACGGACUUUCCAGGUAGCAUAAACGUUGAUUUGCCCUGA